AUGAAACUGUUCAUGGAGGAGAAGGACAAGGACUAUCCUGAGCUCUCGGACCUCAAGUGGAUUAUGGAUCUUGCCUUUUUGGUCGACAUGCUGUGUCACUUGGACAGACUGAACCUGAGCCUGCAGGUGUGGAGACGCCUUCAACACGUCACCAGCUACAGGAGACCAUCCCCCCCUGCUGAGGCUAACAGAGACCUGGCCAACAACCUCAACUCCUUCUACUGCCGGUUUGAGAGGGACACAUUCACACCCCUCCCCCUCCACAGCCCACCUCUCACCCACAACACAACCACACCAACAACCGCUGUCACACCUCAGACUGCACCCCAAACUGCCCCCGUCACACUCACAGUGCGUGAAGAGGAAGUGAGCUGCCUCUUCCAGAGGCAGAACAUCAGGAAAGCUCCAGGCCCAGACGGAGUGUCCCCCUCCUGUCUGAAAGCCUGUGCUGACCAGCUGGCUCCAGUCUGCACCAGGACCUUGAACAGGUCCCUGGAGCAAUGUGAAGUCCCCUCUACCUUCAGACGUUCCACAGUCAUACUGGUUCCCAAGAAAUCCUCCAUCACAGGACUGAACGACUACAGACCAGUGGCUCUGACAUCUGUGGUCAUGAAGUCGUUGGACAGACUGGUGCUGAGGUCCAUAGUAGGUCCUCUGCUGGACCCCCUGCAGUUUGCCUAUCGGGCAAACAGGUCAGCGGAUGAUCCAGUCAAUCUGGGGCUGCACUACAUCCUGCAACAUCUAGAGGGCCCUGGGAGUUACGUAAGGAUCCUGUUCAUGGACUUCAGCUCGGCUUUCAACACCAUCAUCCCUGGAAUCCUCUCCACCAAACUCUCCCUCCUCAGCAGCAGCCCUGUGUCAGCUGUAGAGUCCUUCAAGCUCCUGGGGACAACAGUCACCCAGGACCUGAAGUGGGAGAAGAACAUCCACUGCAUCCUCAAAAAGGCUCAGCAGAGGAUGUACUUCCUGCGACAGCUGAGGAGACACGGCCUGCCACAGGAGCUGUUGAUUCAGUUCUACACCGCCGUCAUCGAAGCUGUCCUGCUGGUGCAGUGUAGUAACCCUGGAAUCUCAGCUGUUCCCAUUAAUGUCCCAGCUGACACAGUCAAACUCCGACUGGAGAAGACACUGAUCACCAAGGUGCCCCGGGCAGCAUUCUAUAACCUUUCAGAGCUGCGAUUCUUAUGGCUGAACUACAACUCAAUAACAUCAAUCCACCCAAGCAGCUUUGUCAACCUAAAGGCCAUACGAGAGCUACGUCUUGAUGGGAAUCUCUUGACAUCUUUCCCCUGGGAGGGGCUCAGAGACAUGCCCCUCCUCCAGACUUUGGGUCUCCACAACAACCGUUUGUCCAACCUUCCUGCCCAUGCUUCUCUCUUUCUCCCCAAUAUCACCUACCUUGACCUGUCUAGCAACAGGACAACAAGGAGGACAAGUCUCCAUGACAACCCCUGGUUGUGUGACUGCCAAAUCUCCAUGCUGAUGUCCUUGUCCAUGUCGCUGGGAAGUCCAGUAGUUCUUGUGGACAAGUUGCUGAUGUGCAGCAGGUCUCUGGGUCAGUUGGGAAUGCUGCUGACCCAGGCUGAGUUGUCCCGCUGUAUGAGGCCCUCAGUCCAGCCUGCAGCCACCAGGGUUAUCUCUCCACUGGGCAGCAACGUAAUCCUUCGCUGUGAUGCCACUGGCUACCCAACACCAACGCUGACGUGGAUAAAAACUGCAGCCUACACUGUUCUGCAGGAAUCUCCUCGAGUUGGAGUUCGCUGGUCAAUAAUCAGCCUGAAUGGUUUAUCAUACAAGGAUGCCGGUGAAUAUCGCUGCCAGGCACGGAACAUGGCAGGGAUAUCUGAAGCCCCAAUUAAACUGAAGGUUAUGGGAGUCACAAGAUUGUCCUUUUCAAAGAAGAAGUCCCUCAAGACUUCAUCAAGAUCAUCAUCAAAACAUAAGAAGCCAUACCAGGACCCAGCUGCUACCAUCACCCCCUCAGUGAAGGAGAAUCAGAUAAACACACCACUAUUCAAUAACAAGGCCCAAAAAGCUGACAAUCUGUCCAAGGUGUUUAAACUAGACAAGGAUGUUAAACUGCGCAAAAUGAAUGUAACAGGUGCCAAGGAAAAGACCAAGACUACAGUCAAGUCUAUGCUUGAGUUCUAUGGCAACUCUUCAAAUACUUAG